GUCUGCUCCCCUCCACUCGGCCAAGGUUUUGCACUCCCCACUCUUUUUUUUUAUAAGAAUCGUCUUCCAUGGCUUCGCGACUUUUGAACACCACGCUUCGUGUUGCUCGUCAACAAGCAGUCAAGCCAGCCUUCCGCGCUACUGUUGCUAAGCGUUCGUUGGCCAUUAGCGCUCCACGAUUCCAAGGUACGCAUUACAGAAAAACAGCAAUUACACACCAGUAUUUGAGAGUUGCUGGAUAAAAAAACGAGAGAAUUCAAUUAUAUAUUUUAACGGAAUUAUGCAAAAAAUAACGUUUGGGAAAUCAACAACAGCAGCAGCCAGCGAAGAUACAACAAAGAUUCGAGCUGAUCCCAACUACAAGUCUGGCAACGAUGCUUUACACGAAUACGGCAAAUAUCUCAUCUCAACCAUGCCCAAAUUUAUUCAACAAUUCAGCGUCUACAAGGAUGAAUUGACCGUGUACGUCGCCCCUUCGGGUCUGGAACCUGUCAUGACCUUCUUGCGUGACCAUACCAACUGCCAGUUCAACUCGUUGCAGGAUAUUACCGGCGUUGACUUCCCAUCGCGCGAAAAUCGAUUUGAGGUCGUUUACAACAUGUUGAGCAUGCGUUAUAAUGCGCGUGUCCGCGUCAAGACUUAUGCCAGCGAAACUUCGCCCGUCCCCUCUGUAGAGCCCUUGUUCAGCGUCGCCAACUGGCAGGAGCGUGAAGUUUAUGAUAUGUUUGGUGUCUUUUUCGUCGGCCAUCCCGAUCUUCGACGUAUCUUGACCGAUUAUGGUUUUGAGGGCCAUCCUCUCCGCAAGGACUUCCCUCUCACCGGUUAUGUUGAAGUCCGUUACGAUGAAGAGAAGAAGCGUGUCGUUUCUGAACCUUUGGAAUUGGCCCAGGCCUUCAGAAACUUUGAGGGCGCCUUGUCGCCUUGGGAACAGACUGGCCCCGGUCGCGAUGAUACACCUGCUCAGCAACUUGAAGCCGAACCUGAGAAGAAAUAAUAGAUCCAUCAUUGUUUAUAUAAAAGAUUAUAAAAAUUCACACACGCACCCACACACACACACACUCUCUCUCUCUCUCUCUCGCAUGCUGCAC